UCCCUACUUCUGACCAGGGCCCUAUGGUCACUACUUCUGACCAGGGCCCUAUGGUCACUACUUCUGACCAGGGCUCUAUGGUCCCUACUUCUGACCAGGGCUCUAUGGUCCCUACUUCUGACCAGGGCACUAUGGUCCCUACUUCUGACUAGGGCUCUAUAGUACCUACUUCUGACAAAGGCCCUAUAGGGUGCCUUUUGGGACGCAGCCAGGGAGUCAGCUCCACAGUCAGCUGUCCUGUCCUGCUCACCUCACAAUACACGUCUUUGUUGGGUUAGGCUGAGAUGAGGGCUUUGUACAGAGAGGCCAUAACCUGUUGAUUCACUGCUUGAUACUGAAAAUACUGGUGUGUGUUGGAGACGAGGUGCAUGUGAAUUAGCAUCGCCCGCUGUAUGGGAAGUAAAUACAGUAGGGCUCAGAUGCACUGUUCCAUGAGCAACAUUUAUUUUCUAUUUGGCCGUCAGGAGUCUCGGUUCUAACAUGUCAUUAGAGAAAUGUCUUCACUGUGCGUCCACUUUCCUUCGGGCUGCGGUGGUGUAUGGUAGCUGGGUCUGACAUGAUGCCCGGUCAGAUCCCUGACCCCUCCCUGACGGCCGGCUCCUUGCCCAGCCUGGGCCUGCUGGCCGGCAUAUCUGCCACCACGCUCACCGACCAGCUCAAACUGGCACAGGACUUCAGGAACCUGGGUGCCAUGUUGUCACCGCUGCAUAUCAUGGGACGGCUGGGCAAGAGGCCACUCACUGCUAUCAAGGGAGAGAUGGACGAAGAUGAUGAGAGGAGGAGACGGAGGAGAGAUAAGAACAAAGUGGCAGCAGCACGAUGUCGGAACAAGAAGAAGGAGAGAACAGACUUCCUCCAAAGGGAGUCGGAGCGUCUGGAGGUGGUGAACUCUGACCUAAAGGCCCAAAUCGAGGAGCUGAGGAUGGAGAGACAGCAGCUAAUGGUGAUGCUCAACCUCCACCGCCCCACCUGCAUCGUCCGCACCGACAGCGUCAAGACCCCUGAGAGCGAGGCCAACCCCCUGCUCGAACACCUGGCCGCUGAAAAGCUGGAGGCCUCUAAGUGAAACCACAGAGGGAAAGUGAAACCGAAGGGCGGGAAGGAAGGAAGAAAUCCGACACACAAAAAAAAAGCAACUGUCAUCAAAGAUGACGAAAGAUUCAAAAAUCACCUGAUGCUUUUGUUGUUGAAGCACUUAUGUACUGUGUUGAGCGCCAAGCUGGAGACUUUUGGAGACUCUUGUCUGUCUUUGCCCAAAAGACCCGGGGUUGUUAGUGUUCCGUUGCCUCGGUAACACCUUGGUAAACGUUACCUGAUUGGGUUCUGAGGGAAGAGGGAGUAGCCUAAUGCCCAACCCAGUUAUCUCUGCGUCAUAAUAAGUGUUUUGUUUUGAAACCAAGUCAGCUCCACACCGUUUAUUUACUGCAACCAACCGCCAUUACGACGAGGGACAGAUGGAAGAAGUUAGUGGAAACUGUAAUGUUGAAGAGGAAACACUAAUAUCAAUCACUAUGGUGCUCUGUUACCGCCACUUCUUACCGGCACUUCUUACCGCCACUUCUUACCGGCACUUCUUACCGCCACUUCUUACCGGCACUUCUUACCGGCACUUCUUACCGCCACUUCUUACCGCCACUUCUUACCGGCACUUCUUACCGGCACUUCUUACCGGCACUUCUUACCGGCACUUCUUACCGCCACUUCUUACCGGCACUUCUUACCGGCACUUCUUACCGCCACUUCUUACCGCCACUUCUUACCGCCACUUCUUACCGACUCAGAGACAACCAAAGAGGUUGUUGUUAUUGUGCUAUUCUAAAGAUGUAUAACGGUAGAGGUACAGUGGACUGUAUACCAUGUUGAAAUACACAGGUGUAGCCAGCCAGUGUACUGUAUACCAUGUUGAAAUACACAGGUGUAGCCAGCCGGUGGACUGUAUACCAUGUUGAAAUACACAGGUGUAGCCAGCCAGUGGACUGUAUACCAUGUUGAAAUACACAGGUGUAGCCAGCCGGUGGACUGUAUACCAUGUUGAAAUACACAGGUGUAGCCAGCCGGUGGACUGUAUACCAUGUUGAAAUACACAGGUGUAGCCAGCCGGUGGACUGUAUACCAUGUUGAAAUACACAGGUGUAGCCAGCCAGUGGACUGUAUACCAUGUUGAAAUACACAGGUGUAGCCAGCCAGUGGACUGUAUACCAUGUUGAAAUACACAGGUGUAGCCAGCCGGUGUACUGUAUACCAUGUUGAAAUACACAGGUGUAGCCAGCCGGUGUACUGUAUACCAUGUUGAAAUACACAGGUGUAGCCAGCCAGUGGACUGUAUACCAUGUUGAAAUACACAGGUGUAGCCAGCCGGUGGACUGUAUACCAUGUUGAAAUACACAGGUGUAGCCAGCCGGUGUACUGUAUACCAUGUUGAAAUACACAGGUGUAGCCAGCCGGUGGACUGUAUACCAUGUUGAAAUACACAGGUGUAGCCAGCCAGUGGACUGUAUACCAUGUUGAAAUACACAGGUGUAGCCAGCCAGUGGACUGUAUACCAUGUUGAAAUACACAGGUGUAGCCAGCCAGUGGACUGUAUACCAUGUUGAAAUACACAGGUGUAGCCAGCCAGUGGACUGUAUACCAUGUUGAAAUACACAGGUGUAGCCAGCCAGUGGACUGUAUACCAUGUUGAAAUACACAGGUGUAGCCAGCCGGUGUACUGUAUACCAUGUUGAAAUACACAGGUGUAGUAGUAUUCUAGGAUUUGUCCAUUAACAAGUUGGAACAUAUUUUUAUUUCAUAUUAUAAUGCUACUUGUUUUUGUUUUUGUUUAUUCUCUGCCUUGACGAAGGAAGCAUUCAGUUGAUCUGAUUUUGAGGUGACGCUGGCGUCAUAAAGUAAAAGCCCAUAUAUACUAUAUGAAAUAAUGUUUACACUCCUGUUGUUUAUAUUAAAAAUUAAAAAAGGCAUUGUUAAUUCCAAUGUCUGUAUUUCAAUAUACUUAUUUUAUACCGCUUUAUAAGUGACAUAUAUAUAUUGUGUAUGAAAUGCCCUUUGUAUUGUUGUAAUCACUUGAUGUGAUUUUUUUUUUGCAUUUGUAUUUUUCAAUAUUAAAAGGCCCAGAGCAGUCAAAGUGAUUACCUGUGUUUUAUAUAUAUUUUCAACACUAUGAGGUUGUAAUAAUGGUGCUCCAAACGUCUCUGACAAUAUCAGCUAAUUUUCC